AUACACGUAACACAUCAUUCCAUAGCCAAACUCAAGUCGAUCUUCACAUCCUCUGCUAUCAAAUCCUUUACUUUCUCUUCACUUUUUGUUGCUGAUCUUCACUGCCUUUUUCAGAAACAACAUACAUAGAUAGCAAUGGCUAUUCGUUUGCCUGGUAUUACACAUGCUAAGCAUAUUCUUCGCCGAUCAAACUCAUUUGCAAAGAAAGCAGCUUCAACAUUUACAGAUGUUCCAAAAGGCCACCUUGCAAUAUACGUUGGAGAGAGCGAAAAGAAGCGAUUCAUAGUUCCAGUAUCACUUCUGAACCAGCCUUCAUUUCAAGAAUUGCUAGGCAUGGCUGAGGAAGAAUUUGGAUUUGAUCAUCCAAUGGGAGGUCUCACAAUUCCCUGCAGCGAAGAUCUCUUCAUUGGUCUCACUUCUUGCUUACAUGAAUUGUUGUAAUACAUGAACAAGCAGUGCCAAUUUUGUAAAUCCAUGUAUAUUCUUCAUUUGAUUUUACUAGAAGAAGAGAUGGGGAUUAACUACCUAUCCUGAGUUUUUCUAA